GUUUGGCAUGGUGAGAUAUUCAGAAAGACAAAAUAGGAAGAACAAACGACUCUCUCUCAUUUCCACUCCAUCAUUGUUCAUCAUAAUCCAUCAUUCACCAUUGACAUGACAUCUUCAUUAACCAUCAACGAAGGAAAGCCGAUUCGAUGCAAAGCAGCAGUAUGUAGAAAAGCAGGAGAAGCAUUGGUAAUAGAGGAGAUCCAAGUUGAUCCACCUCAAGCUUACGAAGUUCGAAUUAAGAUUCUAUGCACUUCUCUUUGUCACACUGAUUUAACUUUCUGGAAACUGGACAGUGGACCAGCUGCAAGGUUUCCUAGGAUUCUAGGACACGAAGCAGUCGGUGUGGUCGAGAGCAUUGGAGAAAACGUGGAUGGAUUUAAGCAAGGCGACGUCGUUUUGCCAGUGUUUCACCCUCAGUGCGAAGAUUGCAAAGACUGCAAAUCUUCAAAGAGCAACUGGUGCGCGAGAUUUGCCGACGAUUUCUUGUCAAACACGAGACGGUACGGGAUGGCUUCGAGAUUCAAAGAUUCUACGGGAGAAGAUAUUCACCAUUUUAUCUUUGUCUCGAGUUUUUCUGAAUAUACCGUCGUUGAUAUCGCUCAUCUAGUCAAAAUAUCCCCUGAGAUCCCCGUUGAUAAAGCGGCUUUGCUCGGCUGCGGUGUCUCCACAGGUGUUGGUGCUGCAUGGAAGGUGGCUGAUGUGGAGGAAGGCUCCACCGUCGCUAUUUUUGGCCUUGGUGCUGUUGGACUUGCGGUUGCAGAAGGAGCCAGGCUCCGUGGUGCUUCCAAGAUCAUCGGUGUGGAUCUCAAUCCCGACAAAUUUGAAAUAGGUAAAAGAUUCGGGAUCACGGAUUUCGUCAACCCUGCUUUGUAUAAGGAGAAGACAAUUAGCGAGGUGGUUAAGGAAAUGACAAAAGGAGGGGUUGACUACAGUUUUGAGUGCAUUGGUUUAGCUUCUUUGAUGGAGGAGGCUUUCAAUAGUACUCGCACGGGAUCGGGUAAAACGGUAAUAUUGGGGAUGGAAAAAUAUAAACUGCCAGUAAGCUUGGGUAGUUAUGAUCUUCUCAGAGGCAGAACUAUAUGCGGAACUUUAUUUGGUGGUCUCAAACCUAAACUUGAUAUUCCCAUUCUCGUCGAUCGUUAUUUGAAAAAGGAGCUUAAUCUGGACGGUUUCAUUACACACGAAUUAAGUUUUGAGGAAAUUAACAAGGCUUUCAAUUUAUCGAUGGAAGGAAACUCUAUCCGUUGCGUUCUAUGGAUGGAUAAAUAACUGUUUCAUAUCUUUGAUUUUUUUUUUUUUUUUUUUUUUUAUGAUCUAUCCAUCAUCGUCCACGUCCCAAAACAUAGUUGGGGACAAAACAAUCCGCAGAUUUAUCAUUUUGUUGAGUAUUUCCUUAUAUGUCUUAAUUUGUGGUGGAAGAUAAAACACAAUUUGA